AUGCUUUCUAAAUUGGCUAAAACUGAACUCAUAUCCUUGGCAAAAUCAUUCAUUCCGCCUCUACUACCGACUUUUCACAAAGGUCAAACAGGCAAGGUAGCAAUCAUCGGUGGAUGCGAAGACUACACUGGAGCCCCAUUUUUUUCAGCUCAUGCUGCUGCCACUCUGGGCAUUGAUCUUACUCAUGUCGUUUGCGAAUACAAUGCUGGAACUGUGAUCAAGAGCUAUAGUCCUAAUCUAAUGGUUCAUCCGUAUCUGUACGAAACUGACAAUGUUCCAUCUCAAUUCUCCAAUAAUCAGGAGAGAUUUCUGAAAGAUAAGGUAUUCCCAAAAAUAUAUUCCCUUCUUAGUAGAAUUGACGUCGCAGUCUUGGGUCCUGGAUUCGGAAGAAACCCUCUGAUGUUGAAGCAACUGGAAUCGAUAAUUGAUAAGCUAAAGGAAACUAACAAAUUUUUUGUAUUAGAUGCAGAUUCGUUAUGGUUGGUGACGCAGAACCCUGAUAUCGUUCGAAACUAUGAAAAGGCAAUUCUGACGCCGAACGUUGUGGAAUUGAGUCGGCUUUGUAAAAAAUUGAACAUUGAUUUUGACAUUACCAAGAACCUGACUUUAGAAGAAAGCUUGGAGAUAGCCAAGAAGCUUAGUAAAGAGUUAAACGUUGCCGUUAUUGUGAAAGGACACGAUGAUUUGAUAAUAAACAGAGACGAUCAUAUCGUUUCCAGUUCUGAGGGUUCUCUAAAACGUGUUGGUGGGCAAGGUGAUUCACUUUCAGGUUUAAUAGGAGGUUUCUUGGCUUGGGCUAAUGCUUAUCAGAACUCACUAUGGAAAGUGCAAGAUGAUCCAAAAUUGACUACCAGUCAACUGAUUCUUCUUUCGGCAUUUGCAGGAUCUCUACUUACUAGAACAUCUGCCCAUAAGGCAUUCGACUUGAAACAAAGAUCAAUGCAAACUACAGAUCUUCACGACCACAUCGCUAAAUCAUUCACAGAAAUAUUUGAGAGUUAG